AAUAACAAUCUCAACAGAGAAGAAUUUCCGGAGGCACCUGAGGCACCUGAUACGUCGUCGAGCUCUAUCAAUGACAGGAAGAGAAGGAGGCGGGAAGAAACGAGCUUCCAGUGCCCUCAAUGCCAUCGGAUCUUUGGCCGCAUUGAACACCUAAGACGCCAUGCCAAUAGCCAUGGUGAGACUCGAUCUUUCAAGGACACCCUACAGAGACACGAACUGAUUCACCAAAAAGACCCUGGAGUCUCCAAGCUCAAAGGAGCAAGAGCCUGCAAAGAGUGUGCAAAUAGCAAGGUUCGCUGCAAUGGUACUAUGCCCUGCGAGAGGUGCAGCAUGAAAGUCGUCGAUUGUGUUUAUCCGAGUGCCGCGAGUCCUGCCCAAGCCCUGGACUCUCCGUCAUCUGCUGUAUCAGACUACGCCUCGACGCCCGGAACGUCUGAAAACGUCCAAUCAUCAGCACUCGAGUCUGUAACAUUUCCUCGGCAGCUGGAGCAGUCACUACCAUAUAUCGGCCACAGUGUGCCGUUUCCAGAACAACACAUCACCAACGCUACAGAGCCAUGGGGCUACAGUUCACAUCAAGAAAUAGCAUCUCAGCCUCCACUCUCCAUCCCAGGAUCGCUCCCAACGUAUGCUCAAGGUCUAUUGUCACAUGAUAAUCACACGCAACAAGCGGCUUUGUCACCAUUUGAAGGAUCAUACGCUGGCACGGAAGGCUCAUUCGAGAUACCCUACAGCUCUCCGUUUUUGAGAGAUCGUCAUGCAAGUCUGGAUCAGUUGUCCAGGAGACCUCGGCUCACGCCCAAUCUGAGGUCUAAGACUGCUAUCCUGGACUCUGGCGGUUCCAGUUCGCGAUUCACGUUUGCCAGCCAUCAAGAAGAGCCACCCUUCGAUAGGUCAGAUAUCCGCGGGUCGUUCCACAGGUCGUUCACUCCCGCGACUAGCUACUUAAGUCGUAGGCGUCGACUCAACUUUCCACUAUCUGGUGACGUCCUACCGACCUUCCAAGAUGAUAGCUACACAAGCUUUAACAUGUUGUCCGAGCAAACAUAUUCCAGUAUUCACAGAUCUUUCAUGGCUGUCUGUACAGGUCUGACGGCUUAUCAACCGCCAUAUGGAUCGAGCUGUUUUCCUUCGAGAAACACCCUGAACGCCCUUGUCAAACUAUAUCUGGAUCUAUUCCAUCCUGUGAUGCCUAUACUUCACCACCCAACAUUGGAUCUCAACGGAAGUCACUGGAUCCUCAGCUUGGCUGUUGUGACUAUCGGAAGUCACAUGUCGGACUUUGAACAAUCUGAGGAAUACGCCGUGUGUUUCGACGAGUUUCUGCGACGGGCGAUCUCGGCUUUGGCAAAACUACUAGCCUGUAUCAACCAGAUAUACAGCGGAGAGGAGAGUUGGCAAGAAUCUGCUUAUAACGAGUUUUUGACGGAUUUGAUUUCGUUCUGUCAGCUCGAAUGGAAGAUGUCAGAGACAGGAUUCACAACAUUUGCUCCCGAGGGCCAAGAAGCCGAGUUCUGGCAGCGAUGGGUCCAGCUCGAGUCUUGUCGACGUACCGGAUAUGCGAUAUGGAUGCUCGAUACGAUGUGGGCAUAUCAGUUUCAGGUACAACCAAGACUCACACUGGAAGAUGGAAGAAUGCCUCUUCCAUGCCAAGAGGUUCUUUGGGAAGCUAAGACGGCCCUGCAAUGGCACCACAUCUUCCAGUUCUCACCUUCGAACCUAACACUCUUGUCAUCAUUACAAUCCCUCCAAAACGAAAGAACGUUACAGAACACAAUGGGCGAGUUCAGUCGCAUAAUCCUGAUCCAUGGCUUCUAUCACCAAUGUUGGGAGUUGGAGAAGGCUGAGGUACAAAGUCAACCACAGCCACACCAGAUAUCGAUGUAUGCGCUCUGGAGAGACUCAGUCUCAGGAUCUCUCGAAGUGCUCGAGUGGAGUGCCAACAAUGUCGUUAACGCCGCGUCUGGCAUGGAGCAUCCCACUUUACUACACCUCCAUCUCGCAAGGAUCGUGCUGUUCGCACCGUUCCAGAGCAUCUGCGAUCUGGCAUACGGCAUGACGAAAGAAGACAGCAGUAUAAACUCAGCACAGAUGACGAAUCUACGUACGACGAUACGCAAAUGGGCCAUCGAGGACGCGAACAGAGCUCGACUAGCAGCAUUGCACGCAGGAGCAUUGUUGCGCCAUCUACAUGCUUUCCACACGAACAGCUUCUAUGAGCCAUCAGCGGUUUUACUCGCCAUAUUGACGCUUUGGGCAUUUGGGUCCUUCGCAACAGCGGCGACCAAUACUGAACCGACGACACAGCGACGAUAUUCAGACACACAGAUACAUCCCAUCAACAUCGCCAUAGAUCAACCGCUUGACCCUGACCUGGCGCGAUCAUUCGUCAACGAUGGCAGGGAUAUGGUACCGAUGCUUCGAGGCGUGGGAAGCAUCCGCGGCGCUGGAGCUCCCGAGCGUGUUCUGUUGGAAGGGUCGAAGCUGGUGUCAGAGAUAGGUAGAUGGGGCAGCGGACGCAAAGUCACGCGGAUCUUGAACAACCUGUCGUUGUGUCGCAGCAUAUAG